AUGAGCUACUCUUACCACCACUACCCCCAGCAGCCUAAUCUGGCAACGCUGCCGAACGUCAGCCAGGCCCGCGCCAAGUUCGACGCCGGCCGCGCCUUCGACCUCGAGGACGACCUCGAGUUCUGCCCCUCGCUGCUCUCCGAGGAAGAGCUCCAGUCGGCUACUUCCUACUCCUCCGACCGCUCCUCGACCUCCGGUUCCCCGGAGUCGUCCCCCAUGCAGCAUCAGAUCCGCCCAUCCGUCAUGCUCGGCCAACUAUCACCAGGCAUGUCUCCCGGCCGACCCUCCGCCAACCGCGUCCGCCGCGCAAUCGAAAUCGUUGACCCGGCAACCGGAAUGCGGGUGGCCUCGCCCCCUCUUUCCUCGCCCGCUAAGCCGCUCUCGUUUCAUCCCAAUCAUGUCCCUGCCACUGCCUCGAAUCGUCGGACGGCCUGGUAG